AUGGCUGAGUCGGAAGAGGAGGUGGAUGUCUUGGUCCAGAGAGUUGUGAAAGAUAUCACUAACGCCUUUAAAAGAAACCCGAACAUUGAUGAAAUUGGCCUCAUUCCGUGUCCUGAAGCUCGGUACAACAGAAGCCCUAUCGUCCUGGUGGAGAAUAAGCUGGGAGUGGAGAGCUGGUGUGUCAAGUUUCUGCUGCCGUAUGUGCAUAAUAAACUCCUACUCUACAGGCAGAGAAAGCAGUGGCUCGACCGGGAAGUUUGGAUCAUUGGAGGACCCCUGAUAUUUCUCUCUUCUUCUCUUCAAGCUCUGGUGGAUAUAACCUGUACAUUGCUUCUUUUGAAUCCAGAUUUUACCACUGCGUGGAAUGUCAGGAAAGAGCUCCUGCAGUGUGGUGUGUUAAACCCAGAAAAGGACCUUUACCUGGGCAAGCUAGCACUAUCUAAGCAUCCUAAAAGCCCAGAGACAUGGAUACACAGGCGCUGGGUGUUGCAGAGGCUGCAGAAGGAAUGCUCUCCCUCUGGACAGGAGCUGAAGGAUCCGGCUGAGAGCAGGAGGCAGUGCGAGCGGCUGCAAAGGGCCUUGCAGGAGGAGAUGAGAGUCUGUGCAGACGCAGCUGGCCGAUACCCCAGCAACUACAACGCCUGGUCCCAUCGGAUCUGGGUAUUGCAAAACAUGGCUAAAGGCAAUCUGAAGGUUCUGCAUGAUGAGCUGUCCUCCACUCGCCUCUGGGUGUCCAUGCAUGUGUCAGAUCACAGCGGCUUCCACUACCGUCAGCAUCUGCUCAAGGCCCUGGCCAAAGAGCUGAGCCCGGCUGCAGAAAGGGACGUCCACCCCAGCCAGCAGCCCAACGGAGAGAGCACGGCGACUGCAUCUGAUGACAAUCACCACAAAGACGUCGUGCCUCAGCUCUUCCAUGAGGAGAUCCAGCUCUGCACGGAUCUCAUCGAGUCAUAUCCGGGUCACGAGACACUGUGGUGCCACAGGCGACAUGUUUUCUACCUGUGGCACCAGUGGAGGAGGGAGCACAUGCAGGGAGCCGGAUCACAAUCUCCAGCUCUCACCCACACCGAUGUCCUCCUCAGCAAAGAGCUCUGUGACAACAACAGCACUUCCCAGGCAAUGGACGUUGACUGUGUACUGGAUGGAAGCAAACACGGAAGCUACACCCAGGACACCAAGCGACUGAAGCGGGGCCCUCUGCUUCUCCAACCAGGAUUUCCCUCAGAGCACACGUUCAUCUCUAGAAUCCUCACAGGCUGCCGGAACCCUGAGCAAAGCCGCUUUGCCAUUGCCUACAGAAAGUGGCUGGACUCUGUAAUAGGUCAGUAGCUUGAGAAACACUCCGCCCACCACCAUGUGGGAGAGCUGUGAUAGGUCAUCUUAUUUCUGGCUCCAACCGCCCACAGCUGCUUCUCUGAAAAUGGCUGGACUCCUUGGCCAGCUUGUCAGUGAUGCAGAUUCCCACUCAUAAUGAAAACCCAUGAAGCGUCUUCAUAGUGUAAGCCUGGUCUGUUUCCGCUGCUUUAGUUCAGGUACUGGAUAUCUCAGGUCUGUUUCAGUGUUUUUUUCUUUUCUUUUUUUUUUUUUAAACUACAAUUGUAGAUGUUUAUUUUAUUUUUUUUUAUGUUAUGUAACGUCUUCCUCCACAAAUCGAUUAUAGUAUCAUGCAGAUUUCUAUCUGAAAUCUUAAACGCACACUUGAAGGGAACACUUAGAGCCCAAAGUGAUUCUGACCCAGUUUCUUUCUAUUGUUUAAUUGAGGGCAGGCUGGCUCUCGAUUCCAUUUACUGCUCCUCUUUGAACUUUUGUACUGAAGCAUGAAUACUUUUCAGCAAAAAUGUUGAUGUUUUGCUACAAUCAGAAACGUGAGCACAAUCAUUGAAUGGAAAUGUUCCUGGAGCCGUCUGAUAUGUUAGGGGCUAGAGGCAGACAGUCUCCUGCUUUACUGAUAAAUGAAACAGUUGGAUGCACAUGAAAUUGCCAGAAACGAUGGCCUCGUUCAGGUGAGUAUUUGUAUCAAACAACAUAUCUGUUUUCUCGGCUCAUGCAGAUGAUUCUUGGGCAUUGGAGAAUAAAGGCUCAUAAGCACAUCAUCGACACAUUAGAAUUACGAAGACCAUGUUGGAGUAGUAAUCGUUUAAGCACAAGUUUUAGGUUGUAGUUCAUCCGGGUGGUCUCUCGGAUGCAUGGGUUUUCAUGAUGAAAGGGAAUUGUAGGAGUAGAAAUAGUCUUUUCUCAGCUUGACCCAAACGUGGCGAUGGAAACAACAACAACCUGCCACAUUCAAGCCCAUCUGGUGCUUAUUUCCUGCACUGGGGAGUGGGAGUGUGGGUUUACAAAUGCUGCUUUUGUUGAACACUUUUGAACUUUAAAUAUAUUUAUGCAAAACUGAAAAGGUGAAAUGUUGUUAGCUUCAUUUAUGUCAUGAUUUAUUAAAGCUAAUAUGCUAUUAGACAGUUAUGGUUGACUCACUGUUACUCCCUAAUUAUUAUUAUUAAACUUGUAAUAAACUUUAAAGUUUCACAGGCUCAAACCUGCAUCGCCAACUCUAUUUGUUCACAGCUUAAUCAGAGUAGGUUCUGGUAAUCGGUUUAGAAUGUAGAACAUCUCAGUCGUAAAUCAGGACAAUGAUUAUUUUAUAUAUGCACACUUCUGGGGUGCUUUUCUGAAAAGUAUUGUUAGCCUCCUAAGAUCUCAAGUUUAGUCUUAACAAGCAUAAUUUAGAAGUAUUCAUAGAUUAAACAAACAUUUGCAGCUCUUGACAUAUACAGUGCAUCCAGAAAGAGUUCAUAGCGCUUCACUUUUUCCACAUUUUAUUAUGUUACAGCCUUAUUCCAAAAUGGAUUAAAUUCAUUUAUUUCCUCAAUUCUACACACAAUACCCCAUAAUGACAAUGUGAAAAAAAUAUUUUAAAUAUUUGUUGCAAAUUUAUUACAAAAAAAACCCCCUGAAAAAUCACAUGUACAUGAGUAUUCACAGCCUUUGCUGUGAAGCUCUAAAUUGAGCUCAGGUACAUUCUGUUUCUACUGAUCAUUCUUGAGAUGUUUCAGCAGCUUCAUUGGAGUUCACCUGUGGUAAAUUCAGCUGAUUGGACAUGAUUUGAAAAGGCAUACACCUGUCUAUGUGCACCUGUCCCAGGGUUGAUAGUGCAUGUCAAAGCACAAACCAGGCAUGAAGACUAAGGAAUUGUCUGUAGACCUCCGAGACAGGAUUGUCUCGAGGCACAAGGCUGGGGAAGCUUACAGAAAAAUUUCAGCUGCUCUGAAAGUUACAAUGAGCACAGUGCCCUUCAUCAUCCAUUAGUGGAAGAUGUUUGGAACCACCAGGACUCUUCCUAGAGCUGGCCGGCCAUCUAAGCUGAGAAAUGUGGAGAGAGGAGAACCUUACAGAAGGAAAACAUCUGUGCAGCAAUCCACCAAUCAGGCCUGUAUGGUAAAGUGGCCAGACGGAAGCCACUCCCCGCCUGGAAUUUGAAGGACUCUCAGACUAUAAGAAACAAAAUUCUCUGGACUGAUGAGACUAAAAUUGAACUUUUUGGAGAGAAUGUAAGGCGUUACGUUUGGAGAAAACCAGGCAUUGCUCAUCAUCAGGCUAAUACCAUCCCUACAGUAAAGCAUGGUGGUGGCGGCAUCAUGCUGUGGGGAUGUUUUUCAGCAGCAGGAACUGGAAAACUAGUCAGAAUAGAGGGAAAGAUGAAUGCAGCAAUGUACAGAGACAUCCUGAAUGAAAACCUGCUUCAGAGUGCUCUUGACCUCAGACUGGGGCAACAGUUUAUUUUCCAGCAGGACAAUGACCCAAAGCACACCGCCAGAUUUCAAUGGAGUGGCCUGAUAGAGCUUGAGAGGUACUGCAAAGAGAAAUAGGCAAAAAUUCUCAAAGACCUGUGUGCCAAGUUUGUGGCAUCAUAUUCAAAUAGACUUGAGGCUGUAAUUUUAGGCUUUUUAUUUUAAAUAAAUUUGCAACAAUUUCAAAAAAUCUUUUUUUCACAUUGUCAUUAUGGGGUAUUGUGUGUAGAAUUUUGAGGAAAUAAAUGAAUUUAAUCCAUUUUGAAAUGAGGCUGAAGCAUAAAAAAUGUGGCAAAAGUGAAGCGCUAUGAACACUUGCCAGAUGCACUGUAACAACAUAUGAAAUAUAGGCUUAAAUAGAUCAUGCCAUACAACCUGCUGUGAAGACCGAGAACUAAAAUAUCGAAGCAGUCUUUGGAUGCCAUGUUAUUUACAGCAAUAAUCACACAUUAUUUUGAUCUUGAAGAGUUUCAUUUACAAAAGUUCUCGCUUCAUGUCAUCAAUUACCUUUUUCAACAGUGGGCUUUUUGUGCAACACGGUUUAACUAGCUAGUUUGUUUCUUUAAAAAUAUCAGUGAGUUACGUCAUUGUUCAAGAAACGCACCCCUGGUUUGGUGAAUUCGUUUUUGAAUUCAGGUCUUUCAGCAUAUCUAGAAGACUUGUAGAACACAGGUUUCACUUCAUGAAAGUCUGUUACUGUUCACCUUUUUUUUUUUUUUGCACAGUUGCACAAGAGUUGGAAUUCUGAAAGUAAUGUUGAGUUAUACAAUCUCUAGACUGACUCUCAGACUAUUCAGGUCCAUGUCAGAGUGCUAUUCUCUGUUCCUGCAUGUCUCGGACUGGCACUUUUUGAGAUUCUUGAGCUCCUGCAGCAAAAUUACCAGAUUUCUGCCACAGAAUUCUGAAAAAAGCUUCCUUCACCAGCUUGUCCCCCACAUCAUUCCUCUGCGUAACAAUAUAUGUUCAACUGACAGCUUUUAAUCACUUAUCACUUUAAGUACAUGCGUGGAAAUGAAAUGGGAGCUUGCUUUACAAAUUAGAAUUUGUUUUUCAAUCUUCUGAUAGGAUCCUUUAAGGAAGAACAGUCUAAAACUGGAAUUGAUCUGCAAUUGUUCUUUAAAGCUCUUUGGUCACAUGAGUUGCUAAUGUCAUUAUCCGAAGCAUAGUAACAUUGAUCUGUGGAAAAUGUUUUGCAUGUUCAUUGCGUGUACACUGUAAUUCUGGGAUCAAGGUCACGUUGUCAUUGUAUUUGAUUGCAUUUUAUUAGUAUAAAUUUCACUUUCAUUACCCAUGCAUACAUGCUGCGAGAGAAAACAUUGUUUGGAUGCCAUAACAAUUAAACACUAGCUAUUUGUAGUAAUAAGACUAUAAAUGACUUUCAAAUGUGUCUCCUAUUAACUUAAUGAUGAGUCUAAUGUUGUUGAAAGCUCACAAUAUUUAUUUAUGUCUUUGUAUUUAUUCGGGGCUUCCUGUUUAACAUGUUUCACUUUCUAAGCAGUUUCAAAAACACUCAUAUUGUAACCUUAGAGGAUUUAAAGUUCUGUAGGUUAAUGUGAAUUAAACUGAGGACGCACAUAGUAUUUUAAAUCAUGUCAUGUCAGCUUCCAUUGUUGUACAGUUGUUAUUUGCAUAACACAUUUUAAAUGACUGCUACGUCUAUGCAGAAGCAUUAUGAAGGUUGUCCAGCUUUCAAAUGAAGCGAUGUAGUUUAACAUUUUGUAUUUUUCUUCAUGUGAUGUCUGAUAAGCUGAUAAGGUACUGUAGGUUUUUAAUAAGCUUCUCAUUAUGUAUUUUGUAUUUAUUUGUAUUAAAAGCUGCAUCAACCAUAGUUGUUUUGUCAGUUGCCUACCACAUUAAAUAAAACUACUCUUG